GUUGGGGGGGGGGGGCAGAAAUCCGCGUCGCUACUGACCGCCUCUCCCCGCCCGAAACUGGACCGGCGGCCUUGGCGAGCUGGGGUCGGUCUCCGAAAUCUCAGAAUCGGAAAUGGAGCCCGGGUCAAGCCCUGCCCUUACGAGGAAGGUCCCGUCCUUGAGCGCUUCCUCUCGAUCCCCAUCGCUGACGUUCACAGCCACCCGGCAAGGCUCCUGGGUGGAGGUGCCUCCUUUCGGGCAGGAGCCGCCCAUGCUGGCCUGCGCGCCCUGCGGCGGCGACCUGGAAGCGGUCCUGUUGGAAGCCCAGAUGGAGGCGGAGCGCGGCGACGGUCCACUCCUGGCAUUGAAAGUACCCGCUGCAGAGGACCUGAGUGUGGGGCAGAGGGAAGACCUGGAGAGCCCGGUCCAGAGGGGGGUCCUGGCUUGGCCAUGGUCUAGCGCCCCUGAACAUCUCUCCUCCAAGGAGUCAGCCUGUAUUUCCCCUGUGGUAACGUGCCCCUCCUUGCUCAGCCCGGCUCUGCACAGGAGGAGGGGGCUGCGGGACCCCCAGCUGCUACUCCUCAUCAUCCCCUCUCUGCUACUCAGCCAUGUCGUGGCCCUAGGCCUUGGCAUCUGCAUCGGCAAGCGCCUGGCCACCUCCUCGGCAAGCAGCCUGUGAUGGGGCACAGCCAUCUCUCCCUGGAUCCCUCUCUUCAGAGCCCUGCUCCCCCCUCUCCCUGAAUGGCCAGCUGAGGAGAGAUCCCCAAGCCAGGAUCAUUUCCCCAGGACCUUCUCCUGCCUGAAAAAAAGAGAAGAAACGAUGGAAAGAGCUUGCAAUCCAAAUAUCAUGUGUGUCUCAAUCUUUCUGGGCCUCAGGGGCCACAUCCGAACCCCCCCCAAAGUCUUGAUGGCCUCAGCCCCCAAGCCCCUUCUCCUGUCGAGGGGCAAGGAUUCUGCAGCUCCCUUCUUUUCUGGGCAGCUUGCUGGGGAGGGUGGGCCUGGUUUUUGACUGACAUAGAGAAGAUAGAUUUUUAAAUGCAGCAUAUGAGUGGCUUGUGGAAAUCCCUAGCACUAGAAGCCAUGGCAGGUGGUAUGCAAUAUUACCAAACCCAUCCAGGCAAAUUGGGGGCUCAAUGAACGAUAGGGAAGGAGACAGAGAAGCCCAGCCCGUUGUCCGCGGACAGAUUUCAAGGCUGCUGAAAUGGGGGGGGGAGGGGGCUCUGGCUCUUCCCCUUCCUGCUCAGUCCUUGGACCCAAAUGUUGGAACACCAGCUGGUUAGCAGGAGGGCACUCAGGCCAGAACGGCCCCCUCCCUGCCACCGGCCGCGUGCAGGCUGCCUCGCUCACCCUCAGCAUUAGAACUCCGCGGACUGCUCUCCUCUGCAGACUUGACCGCGACGCCCUUCCUUUCCGUGAAUAAACC